AUGUCAUUCACUCAAUAUGCUGUGACUAUCUCUAACUUAAAGUCAAUCAUGGGCGAUGAAACCCUCAGGACCGAAUAUUAUGAUGUGAUCACAUUCUGCAGUAAUAGCUUGUCUCAGCUUGCAGGUUACGGAGAUAUCCAGCAACUGCUAGCUGAGACUAUGGUCAACUCUGAAUCUCAGCUGGACACUUCAUUCAUUGUUAGCCAAGAUUCAUGGGAAGAGAUGGUCUUUCAUAUGCAAGGAAUUAUUCUCAAAGUUGCUCUCCCUCCCCAUGCGAGGAAAUACGAACAACCAAUGUUGGACUGGAAGGAGACCAUCAGUUCACCGAUGCAUUGGUGGCAAUUAGUUUUACUAACCCUGUUGUAUAUGGUCAACAAAGAAGAUGUGGUGGUAUUACCUACCAUGGUUGAUCCUCACAACAUGCUGUCAAAGGAGCUCCAGCCCAACAAAUUCUCGUUUACAGAGAAUUCUAAGAUGUCACUGGAAAAAUAUAAUUGGACAUCUGAUGGCCAAAUACACAUAGGCCAGAUCAUUAACAUAGGCAUAUCAUUCUGCUUAUGCAAGCAUGGAAAUGGCAUGUCAUUUGUUCAGCAUCUGGAUAGUAUGGCACUGAUGUCAACCAUGGGAGCACCUGUAAGAGAAUAG